AUGGCCCAGCCGGUGUCUGCCGCCCACCUUAGCCCUGGGCACGGCCCCGGAGAGCGGGCGCUGCAGUGUGCGCUGGGCUCGCCCCAGGCCGCGGUUCCUGCGCCAUCAGACUGCGGGGUCCUGCCCAGCCCAGCCCCCGGGCAGCCUCAGCAGGGGAGGAAGCAGACAGGCGAGGGGCAGCUACGUGGGGACGCGAUGAGGGACGGCCUGCUGCGUGCAAGGCUGCUGUCAGCCCCAGCGGACAGAUCCACCCCGCCCCCCGGGGCUGGUGGGGAGCAGGCCCCAAGUAGGGAGGCAGAGCUGAACCCCAGUGGGACCCCGGUGCUCAGCGUGCUGCGGAGGGAGGCGCGCGCGCCCCUCGGCGCCCCGAGCCGCUUCCACCUGCUGCUGGACUGGGCCAGCCCCCUGGAGACGCUGCUGGACGUGCUGGCGUCGGUCCUGCGGGCCCACACCUGGGAGGACCCGCCCGGCAGCUUCCUGGCCCGCACGUCCUUCCAGGGCCGCACGGGGCCAGUGUGGGUGACCAGGUCUUCCCAGGUGCACAUGUCCCGGAGCUUCAGGGUGUGGAGCCUGCGCCAGGACCCGCGGGGCGCCCCGGUCUGGGCCACGGCGGGCCGCUGGAGGGACGGGCGGCUGGACUUGGAGCCGGGCGGUGCCCCGAAGCCACCCCCGCCAUCGGGCGCGCAGACGCGGCCCAAGUUGCGCGUGGUGACGCUGGUAGAGCACCCCUUUGUGUUUGCCCGCGAGUCGGACGAGGACGGGCAGUGCCCGGCGGGGCAGCUGUGCCUGGACCCGGGCGCCACCGACUCGGCCGAGCUGGACUCGCUGUUCGCCGCGCUGGCCAACGGCUCCCUGCCGCGGGCGCUGCGUAAGUGCUGCUACGGCUACUGCAUCGACCUGCUGGAGCGCCUGGCCGAGGACACGCCCUUCGACUUCGAGCUGUACAUCGUGGGCGACGGCAAGUACGGUGCCCUGCGGGACGGCCGCUGGACCGGCCUGGUGGGCGACCUGCUGGCCGGCCGGGCCCACAUGGCCGUCACCAGCUUCAGCAUCAACUCGGCCCGCUCGCAGGUGAUGGACUUCAGCAGCCCCUUCUUCUCCACCAGCCUGGGCAUCAUGGUGCGGGCGCGGGACACGGCCUCGCCCAUCGGCGCCUUCAUGUGGCCGCUGCACUGGUCCAUGUGGGUGGGCGUGUUCGCGGCGCUGCACCUCACCGCGCUCUUCCUCACCCUGUACGAGUGGCGCAGCCCCUAUGGCCUCACGCCCCGAGGCCGGAACCGCGGCACCGUGUUCUCCUACUCCUCGGCCCUCAACCUCUGCUAUGCCAUCCUCUUCGGACGCACCGUGUCCAGCAAGACGCCCAAGUGCCCCACCGGACGCCUCCUCAUGAACCUCUGGGCCAUCUUCUGCCUGCUCGUCCUCUCCAGCUACACCGCCAACCUGGCCGCCGUCAUGGUCGGGGACAAGACUUUCGAGGAGCUGUCGGGGAUCCACGACCCUAAGCUGCAUCACCCGUCCCGGGGCUUCCGGUUCGGCACGGUGUGGGAGAGCAGCGCCGAGGCUUACAUCAAGAAGAGCUUCCCCGAGAUGCACGCGCACAUGCGGCCGCACAGCGCGCCCACCACGCCCCACGGCGUCGCCAUGCUCACGUGCUACGGCAUCGGACUCCCCCAGAACUCGCCGCUCACUUCCAACCUGUCGGAGUUCAUCAGCCGCUACAAGUCCUCCGGCUUCAUCGACCUGCUGCACGACAAGUGGUACAAGAUGGUGCCCUGCGGGAAGCGGGCCAUCGUCACGGAGACGCUGCAGAUGGGCAUCUCCCACUUCUCCGGGCUCUUCGUGCUCCUCUGCCUGGGCCUGGGCAGCGCGCUGCUCAGCUCCCUGGGCGAGCACAUCUUCUACCGCCUGGUGCUGCCGCGCAUCCGCAGGGGGCACCGGCUGCAGUACUGGCUGCACACGAGCCAGAGAAUCCACCGCGCCCUCAACACGGAGCCGCCUGACACGCAGGAGCCCGAGUCCAGGGUCCUCAGGGGCCCCGAGGAGCAGCAACAGGACUCGGCGGGCGCCCCUGCGGUGGAGCGCGGCUGGACCCGGGUGCGCCGGACCGUGGCGCGAGAGCGGCGUGUGCGCUUCCUGCUGGAGCCGUCGGCGGCCGCGGGCAGCCGGGCGGAAGGGCCCCCCUGGCCCUGCUCCAAUGGCCGCCCACCUGCCGCCCUGCCCUCAAGCACCCCGCCCCCGGGAGAGCUGGAGGAGCUGGAGCAGCGCAUCUCCAGCGCGCGGGAGCGGCUGCGCCUGGCCCUGGUGAGGCGCGGGGAGCUGCUGGCCCAGCUGGGGGACAGCGCCUGCGACCGGCCGCCGCGCCUGCUCCAAGCCCGCCCCGAAAGCACAGGGGCUGUGCGGUGAUGCAGACACCCCGGG